AUCACAUCUAGAUAUUCAGAAACAACACAUCUAGAUAUCCAGAGACACAUCACAUCUAGAUAUCCAGAGACACAGCACAUCUAGAUAUUUAGAAACAGCACAUCUAGAUAUUCCGAGACACAGCACAUCUAGAUAUCCAGAGACACAGAACAUCUAGAUAUCCAGAGACACAGAACAUCUAGAUAUCCAGAGACACAGCACAUCUAGAUAUUCAGAGACACAGCACAUCUAGAUAUCCAGAGACACAGCACAUCUAGAUAUUCAGAGACACAGCACAUCUAGAUUUAGAGCCUGCAGAUAGGUUCACAGAGAGCUGUGUGUGCUGUGAUCCUCCCUGCUGUGUGCAGUAGUACAGUCUGCUAAGGGGGGAGAGAGGAGGAAUAAUAGCACAUAGCACGGUGAUGCCAGACAGCUGAUUCCCACAGCUACAUGCAGCAUCGAGGGAAGAGAUUAGCCUUUUAGGAUCUCAGUGUUAAAGAUUAAGUUUUCAGGAUCCUGGUCAUGGUGUACAGAGGGAGUUAGUCCCAGCUGCGAGCAGAGUUGGAGGAUAAAUCUGGUAGCAGUGGGUUGAUUUAUAAGUAUAUAGUUUUCUAUAUUUUGGAGGGUGGGUAGUUUUAAUUGUAUAUUUGUGUUAGUGUUGUUUUAUAAGGAUGGCAUUCAGCCCAUGGCAGAUGCUGUCACCUGUUCAGUGGGCAAAAUGGACAUGGUCAGCAGUGAGAGGAGGAGGGGAGGUUGAGGAGGAGGAUCAUUCCCAGGAUUCUGGUUCAGACUCGGAGGGACACUUUGACACACCAGAGGCGGCAACACCAGUUCCAUCACCUGUAAAGGAAGCGGCCCGAGUUUUGUUUGCAGAACCACAAAAAGAGAUUACACACCUUGUAUCUGAAUUAUCUUUAAAUGACAAUAACAACUCUCAUAGCAAUGACACAGAACAUGUCUUGGCAAAGAAAACAGGAAAAACAGACAACACAUCCAACUUGAAUUUAGAUGAAUCCUUUCCACAGUUUAAAGAUGAAACAAGCGGUACACCUGUUGAUUUACCAGAAUGUCAUUCAGAGAAAACUGUUGUGCAGCAACCAGAAAAGCUACCAAAAGACGAAUCUCACUUUCAAGGAUGUGACCAUGACAUUCUACAGAAGAAGCUGUUUGGGGAAAAUGUAGACAUUGGGUUUAUAGAUAAAGUGAAUGUCUCCAACAGUGGUGAUGAAGACUGUGGUAGUGAUGGUGUGCUUCAACCUGACCACGCUCAGUCUUCUGUCUUGGAGGUCCAGGAUCAAAACUACACAGAACCUACCACGGUGACAGAAAUCAAUGCAAUAGAUGUUUUAGAUAAUGAAACCAAGAAAAUUUCACCAAGAAAAAUUCCUAAAUCUGGCAACAGACUUCCAUCAAAAAAACAGAAAGAUACUGCUAACAGAACUACCAGCUUAGAACGUUUGGACAAGAAUGUGGAAUUGUCUUCGUCAACUGACCCUGAUGAGCCUCCCAUACCAAAAACCUCCUAUAACUUUGAUCCAAGCCAGUGGGAUGACCCCAACUUUAACCCAUUUGGAGGAAAAUCUGCUUUGCACUCCUCACCUACUCUCCCCAAAGCAUCCAACAGAUUCAACAAAGAACCAAUAGAUGACAAUACAGACAGUUUUGGGCCAGAGAAAAACUCUGUUGAUGGUGAUCUUAAGUGGGAAUCCAAACAAAGAAUGGAGCCUGGAAGCAAUAGUUCAUCACCAAAGAUGGCAAGAUCUCGUCUGAUCACGACUUCUGAGCAAGUGAAAUUUCUCUGUUUUUUGUUAAACAGCUGCAAAGUACAGAACUAUGAAGGAUCAUCACUUGUGCUCGAUGUCUGCACACAGCAAGAAGAUGAAUCUCCUAGCCUAGAGAAGAGGGAGGGCCAUGCUACAGAUGAGGAGAAGCUGGCAUCUGUUCCUGGUCCCCAAACCACAGGAUCAGGCAUCAAGAAUGAUGAUGAACAAGAAUUCUUUGAGUGUUCCAAUGACUCUAUUACAGUCUUGGAAAAGAAGCUAGCUGUUGAACACCCUGAUCCUGAUUCUAAUAUCAUUAUAAAGGAGAUUGAAGCAAAGGACUGGAAAGUGAAGUAUGAAGAGAGCCGCACAGAGGUGCUUGAAAUGAGGAAAAUUGUUGCAGAAUAUGAAAAAACUAUUGCACAGAUGAUUGAAGAUGAGCAGAGAGGCAAGAUGGCUUCUCAGAAGAACCUCCAGCAACUCACUCUUGAAAAGGACCAAGCCAUAACUGACCUCAACUCAGUGGAACGUUCUCUCUCUGAUCUUUUUCGGCGUUACGAGAAUCUUAAAGGUGUUCUUGAGGGGUUCAAGAAGAAUGAAGAAGCCCUUAAGAAGUGCGCCCAGGAUUAUUUAGCACGAGUAAAGCAAGAGGAGCAGAGGUACCAAGCCCUGAAGCUCCAUGCAGAGGAGAAGCUGAACAAAGCCAAUGAAGAGAUUGCCCAAGUUCGGACCAAGGCAAAAGCAGAAAGUGCAGCUCUCACAGCCACGCUGAGAAAGGAGCAAAUGAAAGUGGAUUCGCUGGAAAGAGCGCUUCAGCAAAAGAACCAGGAGAUCGAAGAGCUAACAAAAAUUUGUGAUGAACUGAUUGCUAAGAUGGGAAGGAAUGACUGAUGAACCCCCACGCUCCCCAGAAUUAAUGAAUUAACCUUCUGCUUCUUUGCCUGUCUGAAAUUGAUUGGUCCACUCCUUUGAACUUGAAGAGGCAAAUGUUUAUUUACACACGUAUCUGAUCCUUGAAUCUUAUUUUAAAUGAUACAAAAGGCAUCUCUUUCUACACAUGAAAUAGUGUUUAUGGUUAUGUUGUAUGUGAUGUGUGAUACUCUGGCGAAGACACUGAUGAGAAGCUUGUUUGUUCUAUGAUGAUAAAGAAUGGGAUUUCCAGUGACUGUUCUCUGAGAGAAUGAAUCACUUCCUAAGUAUGUUCACACAGACCCUCCUGUUUGUGUGGUUAAAAGGGGCUUUUAUGCUCGUGGUUACUGUAAAUGAAUAGGGUUGUUGAGUAUUAUAUGGGUAAUAUUGAUGCCAUCUGUUCCUGCAAUGUUACCCCUAUUUGUGCUUCAACUGUAUUUGGGUAUGUCAGUAGAUUACCUGUCCCAUUUGAGCAUGAUCCCAGUCUUAAGCCUUUUUAGCUGCAAUUAGUGGGCCUUACAGGAUUUCAGAUAGAGUAUGCCUGCUUCACAAUGAGGACAUACCACAAAUAAACUAUUUAACGCAUUCUGAUACAAAACAUACAUUGUACAGCAAAAGAGUAUAUCACCAAGUGCUUAUAGAAACCAGGGAUUAGAGAUUUAAUAGUUCCCACUCUUCUGCAUUAAGAGGUUUCAGUGAGUAAUGCAGGAUUAACAGCCGUCAUAGCAGCCAGACAACUGUCUAAUUGUUGCCAGGAGAUUAGAACUCCCUCUUUUUUUAUUGGGUUUGAACAAUGCAGACAUGAUGUUCAGUGCUGCAGAGUGCAACAGGUUUGUCCUCACGGGGUGGAAGUGCACAUAGAGGCAAUGUAUACUGUAAGAGGAUGAAAUGAAAUUCAUUUUUGACUAUGAUCUCUUUACUGUACACAAUAUUGGCUUGUCCAAUGUAAUCUCUGUAGAAAAAAAACACAAAGUUGCAGUUCCUUAGUUAAAUAGCUACCCCACCCCGUCUAGUUUUUAUUUAGCUGCUUUUUGUUUACAUCAAGGGGCUUGUAGAUUCAUUUUGAGAGGUCUGACAAAAUAUUGGUACAUAGAAGACCAGGCUUUUAGAGUUAAAGCUAUAUUUAACCAAAUUUAGUUGUUUUUCAAGUGGCCGUGACAUUUUGCAACAAUCAGAGGCACACAAAAAUAUAGAUGAGAUACGUUUCUUUAUAGAGGGAUCAUAUUCUCUUAGCAAAUAUUUUUUUUCUCAUUAAAUAUUGUAGAUAUUCUUAUUUUCUUAAGCCCACAAAAAGUGCCCUUCACACUGUCCAUACCAUGAAUAUUAACUUAAGUGCCACCAUUUUGAAAAUGGUCAACUUUGACUGUGUAGAGCUAAGGUAAUAAUCGUGGUCUCUCUAACCACAUUUUAUUUUGUUUAUCACUAUAGUAUGGUCAUUUUUUAGGCUUGAGGACCCAAAAAGGUUAAAAAUGAAUAAUUUUGUAAUGGCCUUAUUUAAAAGCAUUGUUGCCCUGAGAGAUUUAUAAAUUUUGAGCUGCUAUCCCUGUUUGCCAGAUAAAAUCUAUGUUAAAGGAUAUAUUUUUCCAUAUAUACAUGGAAGCCAAAUAACGUUUGCAUUAUGGGAAUCACAAUCAUAGCGUAAUGGCAAGUGAUAAAAAAAAAAAAAAGGCUUCGUAAAUAUUUAACGGCAGUAUAUUUUAUAUACAGCAAAUGUUUUUUAUAUGUUCAGGUAAAUACUUGACAGUUCUGACACAAACAAGAUUAAAUGUGACUAAUAUAUGAAUACAUAUAUAUUUUUUUCCUUGUUUGAUUGUGUAUGUAUAAACUGUGUUUAAAAUCCA